AUACUUAAUACUUGAAUUAUAAUUCUUCUAGAUGCUUAAUUAUAGUCUAUACACUCAAGUUUCAUUGAUUUUUGUUCUUGAAUUUUGAUGGGUAGUUGACUUUUUCCUUGCUGAUUUGGGUUGUAAUAUGUAGUCUUAGUGUAAACUUUUUCAAUUCGCAAGAAGAUUAGCAAAUUACGUGACACUUUAUGCUCAAAUAUUGUUGCAUUUAGUUGUUGUAUUUGUGGGUUAAGGGUGUUUAUAGGGAAUGUUUUAUGGGUUAUUGUGGGAUUUUACUUUUUAAAGUAAAUUUUACUUAAUUGUGAUAGCUGCAUCUUGCAUGUCAUACAUAGUGGUCUACUUGAUAGUUUGGUAGAUAAGUUUGAAGAAAAUGGAGUUCAAACUUCAAUAAGUUAUGAUUUCUAAUUGGUUCAUAUGGACGACCAUUGAAAUUGAUUAAGACUUUGGCAUUGUUGAUGAUUCGGGAGGAACUAGAAUUAGUAAUUAUCCUAUUCUAUGAUGCUUUGUUUCUUGGAUGGACUCGUAGUUGUCGAAAAUUGGCGGAAUUUUGCUGUUGUAUGCUGAGUUUGAUUCAUAAAGUUGGUCAAUUUGUUGAUGCUUGAUGAUGGUUAUGUGGAAAUGUGUUAUAGGUUAAAAUUGAAUAUAUCAAAUUUUGAGAUUUGGGAUAGUUUAGAAGUUGAAUAGAUGGCUUGAGGGUUUUCCAUUUGGCCGGAUUUGUUGACUACUCCCUCCAUCCCAUUCCGUCCCACUUAAUUUGCAUCAAUUCUAAUUUUGAACAAUGUCCCACUACUUUCUUUUAAUCUUAUCCAUACAUUUUAACUCUCUUUUAAUUUCAUCCAUAUAAUUCAUUCUCUCUUUUCAUUUAUUAUCACUUUUUAUAAAAAAUUAUCAUCUUUCUCUUUGAUUCAAAUCAAAGAGGACAAAUGAGUAGUUUGAUGGAGUAAGGUGGAUCAAGGAAUGAUUGUGAUAUUCUGAUAAGUAUGUCUAUUUUUUCCAAUGGUGUUAAACAUGUAGUUUUAUGAAUGUUCAAUGAUGUUUGGCGUUAUAGACUGUAAGAGUCGGAGGUUGUUUGGAUGGCAUAUAAGGAGGAAAAUGAAGCCGAGGGAUCAAAAGAAUUAAGAGAGGGGGGGGGGGGGGGAUUAGAGUUCUUUUUCCAAUAUUUCCAUUUCGGGAAGAAUUAGUUUCUUAUGUGAAGUGAAGAAAUCCAUUUCUUCCAUUACCUCUCUUCUAUUCUCACACACUCCGUUUGCUAUCAAAAUGAGGGGAACCCUAUCCUUCUAUUUCCCUUCCUUUGCUUCCAUUUCCUUCUAUUCUCUAUUCUCACAACAACAAUGCUAAAGCUUUAAUCACAAAAGAUUAGGAUGGGUACAUGAACCAAUGUAUCAGUUUUAAUGAUUAUCCACAUAGAUUCUUCUUCCAAAGAAUUCUAUUCUCUAUUUUAAAUGGUGUAUUUAAGGAAUAAGAAAUUCUGAUAAAUUCAUAAGGACUAAUAAGUUCAAAUAAUUUACCUCUACUUUACCUUUAUUUUUGUAGUUUGACUUUUAUUUUCUUUUAAAUAUUUAUUCUCAACUCAGGCAUGCCCUAAGGGACAUUAAGUUCAUUUAAGGCAUAAAACAUUGGUAUAAAGGCCGUUUAGUUAAGGGUUAUUUAGGUGAUUCUCGCUCAUGCAUAUCAAUAUUUUGCAUGUUAAUAAUUAGAUAAUUAAUUCUCGUUCAAAUUAGUUUAAUUAAAAAGUUGAUAUGUUCUAAUGCGUUCAAAUAAGUUAAAAUAAGCACUAUUGUGCAGAGCCUAAUCAACGACUCGAUGGUAUAAUGUAAUUUUCUUACUUGGUUUCUCCUUUUGUUUAUAGAUAUUUCUAGCCCGUGCUGUAAGUUGAAGCCUUGAUGCGGGUUUUUCAAUUUUUGAUAAUUAGUGUGGCUACUUCUUUUAAGUUGCAACACUUUACCACCCAAGCUUGUUGGCUCUGAUACCAUGUGAAAGAACCAACUCAACCAAAAGCUUAAGCUGCUGAUGGUUGAGGCCCCAGAAUAUGUUAUAUACUCUAACAAAUAUCCUAUGUUUUCAUUGUUUGUGCUUCAUUUACUACAUGAUUGAUUGUUACUCGAAUUUGGUUGUCAUAACAAUCGAGACUUUGGCAUCCCUUCUUUGCAGCUGCUCUGCAAUUGUCGAAACGAAAGAAUCAAACAUGGGUUUGGAUGCUUGUGUUGCCAACGGCAUCAAAGAUGUUGACCCAGAAGCUGCUUGCAAUUCUCUAUCCAAUGGGAUUGCGAUUAGCGAAAAUGGUUCAAUGGAGCCAACUAAACUUAUGGAAUUAAUAUCUUUAUUAAACAUGGAGUUGGCAUACUUUUCUGAGAAGCUAGUGAACUUGGAUCUUCUUAUGACAAUUGUGUCACUCGGAGAGAUUGGGCUUGGAGAAUUGUCGAUCCAAAACAACAAUAUCUCCGAUGUAGAAAUCGAGAAGGCUCUGAUAUUUGAUCUUUCAUUUGGUUAUCUAGAUUCCGAAAUAACUGAAUUAGCGAGUUUCUUAGAAAUUCUUCAAGCGAAAAUGAUGGACGCACAGCAAGAAAUAUGUUCUUUUAAAAAAAGAAAAGAUAUAUUCACCGUCUUUCAAGCGAAGUUGCAGGCUUCGGAAAAUUCUUGGAUUCAUUUACAAGAGCAAAUGUCCGAGUUGAAGAGGCAAUUAGUAAAUUUUCACCGAACACUUUCAUUAAUUCGAAAUGACAGCAUGUACUCGAUUGAAAUCGAAGAUUUCGAGAGAUCCAAUUAUGAUAUGCAGAUUGCUGGGCAGCAAAGAUAUGUGCUUAGCAUGCUGGAAAAAUCGCUAGCUGCAGAACUUAAUCUCGAGAAACAGUUACUCGAAUCAAAGAGAAUAGAGAAAGAGCUAAACUCAAAGCUCAUACUUACAAAUGAUGUCGUCUUGGGUAUGGAAUCAUUUCUAGACGUUGUUUUAGAGAGACUAUUAGAAGCUGAACAUUCUUCGCAGGUUUAUAAGGGGUUUGCAAAGGAAACGAUGUCACGUUUUCAGAUUUGUGAAUUUAACAUGCAUUGCUCGGUUCACAGAGAAGAGGAGCUCAAAUCCAAGCUUCAGAAUAGCUUAGAGCGACUGAAAGAAAGGGAAAGCGCGGAGGUUAAAUUGAAAGAAGUUGAAGAGAAGUUGAAAGCUUCUGAGUCAAAGUUACAAGAGGUUAAGGCCUCGUAUGAGGUUAUCCAAGAGCAACUUUCGAUGGUAGAAGACACAAAUGAAUCUCUAAGAGAACAUCUUUUUAUGGUGGAAACUAGAGCGGAUGAAGCCGAAGAAAAACUUGUUACUUUAACUGAAGAGAAUGCGGAGCUUAGAGAAGAAUUGGGAUUUCUUAAAGGUGGUGAUAGUAAUGGAGAGAAGAUAGGUUUGUUGGAAAAACAGGUGAGAGACUUGGAUGUUAAGUUGCAAACUUCUAAGUGUUUUGCGGACGCCAGUCUAGAGCAGCAAAGUAUGCUCUACACGGCUAUAUGGGACAUGGAAACAUUGAUCGAGGAGCUAAAAUCGAAGGUAUCGAAAGCCGAGAGUAAGGUCGAAAGUGCGCAUAAAGAGUGCCUUGAUUUAGCGGAGACGAAUGUGGAACUUAACAAACAAAUAGGUUAUCUUAAAGAUGAAAAUGGAAAGUUAGUGGAUAAUCAGAAAGAAGUAAACAAAUUACAAGUAGCAAGGGAAAAGGAAAUCAAAAAUUUGGCAAAGGUUUUCAAUGAAAUGGCUGUGCAGUUAGCUAUUGAAAGAGAGAGGCUUCAGAAACAGUUAUCCUCUUUAGCCAGAGAAAACACGAUAUUGUUGGAGGAGUUGCGGAAAACAAGGAAAAACUUGCUUGGGGCUACUCAAAGCAAGAAAGACGAUGAUAAAAAAGACAUCGACACCGCCACAGAUGAUCCUGCUACUGGAAUAAGCACAGAACUAGCAAAUACCGAAGAGGUAGUUGAAACUUCGACAACAGCCACCGCGAGUAACCAGGUUGAUGAAGUCGUAUAUUCACAGGUGUACGAGACAUCAGACAAAAACACACAUAAAACAGAAGCUACAGCUAUCCCUAGAUCACACGACGUUGCUAUGACUAUUGUCGCUAAUUGUACAGACCAUGAAGAAGCUGAAGCUGCAGGUUCCUCCCGAUCUGGUGCUGCUGCCGAUUCUAAUAUAACCCAUGAAAAUGCUGCUAGUCGUACGAGCCAUGAAAAUGUGGGCAAGAUGAAGAACAAACAAUUCAAUAAGAAGUCUUGCCUCUUUGCUGCGGUUUUUGUUGUAGGAUUUUCCGUGUUAGUAAUGAACGUCGAUUGGCUAGAGAUAUAUCAUAUCAUGAGACGUCAAUAUAUUCGCUUCGAAUAGAAAAAACGAACAGGGGGAUAGGUUGACAUUUUGGUUGUUCGUUUAGAUUAUAACUCGUUUGCGUGUAAUUAUCGAUUGCAAACAAUUUAGUUUUAAGAGCUUGUGAGACAUUAGAAGUGUAAAUUUGGUUUUUUUUUGUAAUUAUUGAUUACAUCAAUUAUUUUUUCCUGUAUACAAAAUAGUUAGAGAUUGAUGAAUAUUGUAUUUGUAAUUUUGUUAUUAUAAUUAUCUUUAGUUUGAUAUAGUUUGUAACUAUAUUAUUAGCCUUAAGAUUAAACAUUAGUGUAUACAUAUUGG